AUGCUGUACCGAAUGCAUUCAGUCAGUGACAAAUGGCAUGCUGAGAAGACUAUCUACAGUAUUUGUAGUCAUCAGAUCUGGUUAACAGAAGACAUUUUACCCCUUUUUUUGCAAAAAUUAUAUUUUCAAAAACAACCAGAGGGCACAGAGAAGGGGUGUUAUCUUGCAUCUGGGAGCAAGGACCAGACCAUAAGAAUCUGGAGCACGCUGAAGGGCAAAGGUGAGACGACAACCUAACUGAGUUAUCGACCUGCAUCCUCCAUAGCUUUUAAUGGUUAUCAUACAACUAUUGAGAGUUGGUGCAGUAUGCUCUUUAAGAGGGUCCCAUCUCUUGGAGUUAAAGAUGAUUAUGUCCCCCUCCUCUGUCAGGUGUGAUGAACAUGAAGCUGCCGUUCCUGAAGAGAAGAGGGACAGGGGUGGAUCUGGCGGUCAAGGAGAGAAUCUGGCUCACUGUGUACUGGCCCAAGGGCAAGCCAUCACAAGUCGUGUCAAGCUGCUUUGGGUAUGAUCUAUGAAAACAUAAUUGAGGAUAGUGCCAUUAAUCAUUAUAAAUAUGAUUUGUCGGCAACAUGCUAAUACUUAGUAUUUUGAGAAGUCAUUUUGCCAACACUGUACUAACUUCCCUCUGCGUGUGUGUAGGGGUGAGCUGAUCAUGUGGGACCUCACCAAGGAAGGCAAGCAGAAGUGAAGCCUGUUGGGAGCGUCCUCAGAGGGCCAGAACCACAUUAGGAUCGUGUUCAACAUAAGCUCAGUGUGUGUUCAGGACAACAGAGAGCUCCUUCUCAGUACCUCCAUGGACAGAGAGGUGAGAUGGGUUUAAACCCACUCGAGGCAGCUUUAAAGCAAUUUAACUGAAUGACUCUUUUGACAACAGUGACACUUUGAGUAUUGUGUGAGUUUUUGAGAAGUCAAAAUGUAGCCCUAUAAAUGGUCAAUCAAACAUGCAGUCUAUAAGAAGUGCUUAGUGUCCCUAUAUGCAGAGAGUGACUCCAGAAUCCAUGUUGGCAAGAUUUUCUCACUCAAUUUGCUUCUCUUAUUAUUCCAGAUAAAAUGCUGGGACCUGUCGUCAUUGGACUACUGCUGGACCCUGCCCACCCUGGGGGUUUGUGAACACCCUGAUCUUCUCUCCUGUGGGGCUGCCUGGCCCUGGGGGUGGGAGAAUGCGUGAUCCGUGUGUGGAGCAGCCUCUCCAUCCAGAACAAGUACGACACCAAUACCUUCUGGCAGGGCAUCAAGUCCAAAGUUACAGCGGUAAGAGACUCUUAGGGCAUAUUGAUAUCAGUUAUUGUCUACUGGUUUAUGGUAAAAGUGAAGAUGGCUAGCGCAUGUAUGUGACAAUUUCCAAAUCUUUGUUCAUUGCAGUUGUCCUGGCAUCCAACCAAAGAAGGAUCCUUAGCUUUUGGAACCUAUGACGGCAAAGUUGGCAUCUACAAUGCUUUCUCUAACAAGUAAGAGAAACUCUUCAUCUAACUCCUUAUUUUAGUCAUUUAGCAGACACUCUUAUCCAGAGCGACUUACAGUAGUGAGUGCAUACAUUUUCAUACUUUUUUUUGUACUGGUCCCCGUGAGAAUUCAACCCACAACCCUGGCGUUACAAGUGCCAUGCUCUACCAACUGAGCCACACAGGACCUAUAUCUAUAUUCAACCUGGACUCAGAGAGAGACGUAACAUAGUAGAUGUAAAUCCGGGACACUCCAAUUAGUAUAUGUUACGUUUCGUAUGGUAUGUAUUACUUUGUGGAUGUCCAACAUCCAUUUCGUAUGAUGAGUUACGAAUUGCAAUUCGUACAAUAUGUUAUGAAUUUUCUAAACGUAUGAUAUGUUAUGAAUUCCAAUUUGUUGUGACUAACGUUAGCGAGGUGGCUAACGCUAACGUUAGCUAGGGGGCUAACAUUAGCUAGGCUAAGGGUUAGGCUUGGGGGGUAUACCGUAUAUACCUUAUAUACCGUAUACCGGGGUAUUUGGAAAUGGCCACAAGGAUGGUUCUUCAAUACCGUUGAAACUAUUUAUUUGAAUUUGUUUUCUACAUUUGAAUAUUUGUAGCUACUUUUUAAGUAAAAUACCUGCAAUCAACUUGUGCAAUAUGUUAGGAGAUAAAGAAGAUUGCGUUCUUCAUUUCACGUGUCACAUUUUAUUAUGAUGCUUACCGGUAGUCCCGAGUCACGUGGUGUUUGUUUACAAGCACACAACGAUGACAGACCAGAGCCUUGUGUGUCACUCACUGUUGUGCAACACGUGCCAGGUGAUCUAGUUACAGUAUGGAAUUCACAACAAAAUGUUUGCCAGCUAGAUAUUUUAUAAAUAUUAAGUUAACUGUCAAAAAUGUGCUAAAUGCUCUGCAGUUGUGCAUUUGGUUUGCUAAUUUAGUAGCUAGUUAGCUAUCUAGCUAAGUGCUAAGCUUCUUGCAAAAUCAAGCUUUGCUUGGUAACAGCAGCGAAUCCCCUCCUGGAUCAAGAGCUUUGCUGUCUAAUAUUUGUUUUGUGCGUGCAGCAAACUGUGAGUAGCAUUUUUUUGUAAAUGUUUGCAACGCUCGUUAGCAUUUAGUUAGCAUUCGCUAUGGGGCUUUACAUGUACUUGUUAACAUUGCUAACCUUUGGAUCUCAGAGGCUCAGGGGGGUUUGAAAAUAGCGCCCCUUGUGUUCAGUGCCGGUAUUAACUAAUAUCCCAGGAUGUUACAAGGUUGGUAUGAAAGUAUGACAAUCUGGAUACUGCCCAAGCCUACUAGGGGUUAGGGGUUAAGUUUAGGGUUAGGAGUUAGGUUAAAGGGGAAGGGUUAGCGAAGUAGCUAAAAAGUAGUAAGUAGUUGCAAAAUUUGCAAAAAUGCUUAAGUUGUCCGUGAUGAGAUUUGAACACGCAACCUUUGGGUUGCUAGACAUUCGCGUUAUGCGUUAUAUGCCCACCCAUCCAUCCAUCCUCCCCGACCAACCACCCUACUUUAGUUUUUGCCUUUUUAGCCUUAAGUAACCAUCUGUCUUAUGUAACCAUACCAAACGUAACAUGUCAUACUAAUUUGAGCUCCCUGGAUUUACAUUUACUUUACGUUUAAUAUGUUACGUCUAGUCUAUGAGACCAGGCUGCUAUAUUUAUAUAUCUAUUUAUAUCUGAGAUACUGUAUGUCGGAGGUUUAAUCAAAUCCAAACUGUUAGUGAUUAUCAUAAUUUCUCACCAAGAUAAUUACAUUUCAUAUCUGUUAUGACAUUAAUGAAUGGUCAUCAUGCCCAGGCCGCCUCAGGUAUCCAGCACUUAUCACAAAAAGACUGUGUACACAUUAGCCUGGGGACCCCCUGUCCCCCCUUCUGUCAUUUGGUAAGCUCUUAAGUAUAUCUAAGUGUGUGUACUGUAUGCUGAGCACUCUCUGACCUAGCAACUUAUGCGGGUGGGCGUUGUGCCAAAGCCAUGAGUCAGCAGAAAGCAUCUCUUGACGCUUUGGUAAUAUACUCCAUAAUUGAGUUGAGAAAACGCUUACCUCUCUCCCUGAGCCAUUCAUUGGGAAAUCAAGAUGGUGGAAUGUUAAUUUUACCAGCUUCCGGCAGAUGACAUUUUGAUUACCGUAUCCAUCAUUCAGCCUUUUGAAACAGUAAACAUAAUUGCUGCUGUGUGAACGAUCUGCUGAUGGUUUCUAAACCAACAAAGACCAUGUUAAUUUGUUUUGACACUUUUUGCUGGCGUGGCUCCUCCUCCUGCUGGUGUCCCAGAGUGGCAUGUGGACAUUGAGAUUGAGAUGUGACCUCUUCAGGGUUAUCGUUGACUGAUUAGUGUUGUGAAUAAGAGAGACAACAGCAGGGUGCUAAAACAGUGUGUAACAGUCAGUGUGUCAUCUCCAGGCGGAGCAGGAGAACGGCUGUCCUACAGCCUGUAUAGCUGUGCUGGAGAGGGCCUCAUCCUACAGCAUGACCCCUGGAAACUGGCAGGAGAGGCCACAUACAUUGACAGGCUCAUCAAGUACACCAACAGCAUCAUGGUGAGAUGGAGAGGCUCUCUACAUUUAUGUAUUUAUCUAUUCCUUUUCAGCAGGACCCUCUACAUAAGUAUUUUACCCAGUCACUGCAUGUGGCGAUGUGCAAUUGAAUAUAAUGUUGGUAAUUUGAAUACAUUUUGAAGGUCAUGUUCUAUUUUCUGCAGCACAAGCUGUCAUCCCACACAGAUCUCAGCUGGAAACCAGAUGGUAAAGUUGUGGCCAUUGGCAAUGAGGACUGGUGAGUCCUCAUUCCCUUAAACUGUGUAUAGGCCUGGAGAAUUAACCGGAGGCAACUGUCAUCUAAAAUGAUUGAUGAGUGCCUGUCUAAAAUGAGACUGUAGCUGUACUGACGGUUUUACUGUAAAGUGUAUUAAGAAGUUUAAAUGCACUUUGGGAAAAAGUGAUUUGAAUGUGGUCAUUUUAUUUAUGUAUCCAUUUUCACUAGGUCUCAAAGUGAUUGAAAUUAUAUUGGGGCAACUAUAAUUCCUGGCUUUGUCUCUCUCAGGUCCAUAGAGGUGUACCAGGCCCAGACUCUCAAGCUGCUGUGUACCAUCCAGCAGCACCAUAAGAUAAUCAACGUGCUGCGCUGGCACCAUGACCACAACUCCCUGCCCGAGCUGCAGUACCUCCUGGCCUCUGGAUCCAGCAACGCCAUGGUCUACAUCCACGACCUCCGCACUGUCAUAGGUGAGGGGAGUUCCCCAGGUGUGUAUGCUGGUGCCGAAUCAUAUUUUCAGAUCUGAGUGUUUAAAUCUCCUGUUGAUAUGUUGUAUGAUCUGUGUUAAAGACAAGUGUGCAUAUCUCAAGGAAUGAUACUGACGGUAAUAUGGGGUGCAGAGGCAGCAGUGAGCCAGCAGAGGGCUCCAUUGGGAAUGGUAGCUAUGUAAAACUAAUGGUCUUGGAAGAUAUACACUGUGUUUGAAACAUUAAGAACACCUACUCUUUCCAUGACAUAGACUGAUCAGGUGAAUUCAGGUGAAAGCUGUGAUCCCUUAUUGUUGUCACUUGUUAAAUACACUUCAAUUAGUGUAGAUGAAGGGGAAGAUGAAAAUGUAUGGACUCACUAACUAAGUCGCUCUGGAUAAGAGCGUCUGCUAAAUUACGUAAAAAUUAAAAAUUAAUAAAAUAAGAUAUUUUUAAGAAGGAUUUUUAAGCCUUGAGAUGAGUGAGACAUUGAUUGUGUAUGUGUGCCAUUCAGAGGGUGACUAGACAAAAUAUUUAAGUGCCUUUGAAAGGGGUAUGGUAGUUGGUGCCAGGGACACAGGUUUAUGUCAAGAACUACAACGCUGCUGGGUUUUUCACGCUCAACAGUUUCCUGUGUGUAUCAAGAAUGGUCCACAACCCAAAGGACAUCCAGCCAACUUGACACAACUGUGGGAAGCAUUGUAGUCAGCAUGGGCCUGCAUCCCUGUGGAAUGUUUUCGACACCUUGUAGAGUCCAUGCCCUGAUGGAUUGAGGCUGUUCCUAGGGCGCAACUCAAUAUUAGGAAGGUGUUCUUAAUGUUUUGUGCACUCAGUGUAAAUAUGGUAGCUAUGUAAAACUAAUGGUCUUGAAAGAUAUAUACACUGCUCAAAAAAAUUAAGGGAACACUUAAACAACACAAUGUAACUCCAAGUCAAUCACUGUCCACUGUCCACUUAGGAAGCAACACUGAUUGACAAUAAAUUUCACAUGCUGUUGUGCAAAUGGAAUAGACAACAGGUGGAAAUUAUAGGGAAUUAGCAAGACACCCCCAAUAAAGGACUGGUUUUGCAGGUGGUGACCACAGACCACUUCUCAGUUCCUAUGCUUCCUGGCUGAUGUUUUGGUCACUUUUGAAUGCUGGCAGUGCUUUCACUCUAGUGGUAGCAUGAGACGGAGUCUACAACCCACACAAGUGGCUCAGGUAGUGCAGCUCAUCCAGGAUGGCACAUCAAUGCGAGCUGUGGCAAGAAGGUUUGCUGUGUCUGUCAGUGCAGUGUCCAGAGCAUGGAGGUGCUACCAGGAGACAGGCCAGUACAUCAGGAGACGUGGAGGAGGCCGUAGGAGGGCAACAACCCAGCAGCAGGACUGCUACCUCCGCCUUUGUGCAAGGAGGAGCAGGAGGAGCACUGCCAAAAUGACCUCCAGCAGGCCACAAAUGUGCAUGUGUCUGCUCAAACGGUCAGAAACAGACUCCAUGAGGGUGGUAUGAGUGCCCGACGUCCACAGGUGGGGGUUGUGCUUACAGCCCAACACCGUGCAGGACAUUUGGCAUUUGCCAGAGAACACCAAGAUUGGCAAAUUCGCCAAUGGCGCCCUGUGCUCUUCACAGAUGAAAGCAGGUUCACACUGACACACUGAGCACGUGACAGACGUGACAGAGUCUGGAGACGCCGUGGAGAACGUUCUGCUGCCUGCAACAUCCUCCAGCAUGACCGGUUUGGCAGUGGGUCAGUCAUGGUGUGGGGUUGCAUUUCUUUGGGGGGCCGCACAGCCCUCCAUGUGCUCGCCAGAGGUAGCCUGACUGCCAUUAGGUAUCAAGAUGAGAUCCUCAGACCCCUUGUGAGACCAUAUGCUGGUGCGGUUGGCCCUGGGUUCCUCCUAAUGCAAGACAAUGCUAGACCUCAUGUGGCUGGAGUGUGUCAGCAGUUCCUGCAAGAGGAAGGCAUUGAUGCUAUGGACUGGCCCGCCCGUUCCCCAGACCUGAAUCCAAUUGAGCACAUCUGGGACAUCAUGUCUCGCUCCAUCCACCAACGCCACGUUGCACCACAGACUGUCCAGGAGUUGGCGGAUGCUUUAGUCCAGGUCUGGGAGGAGAUCCCUCAGGAGACCAUCCGCCACCUCAUCAGGAGCAUGCCCAGGCGUUGUAGGGAGGUCAUACAGGCACGUGGAGGCCACACACACUACUGAGCCUCAUUUUGACUUGUUUUAAGGACAUUACAUCAAAGUUGGAUCAGCCUGUAGUGUGGUUUUCCACUUUAAUUUUCAGGGUGACUCCAAAUCCAGACCUCCAUGGGUUGAUAAAUUUGAUUUCCAUUGAUAAUUUUUGUGUGAUUUUGUUGUCAGCACAUACAACUACGUAAAGAAAAAAGUAUUUAAUACGAUUAUUUCAUUCAUUCAGAUCUAGGAUGUGUUAUUUUAGUGUUCCCUUUAUUUUUUGAGCAGUGUAUAUAUCUUCCUAGACCUUUAGUUUUACAGUGAGGGAAAAAAGUAUGUGAUCCCCUGCUGAUUUUGUACGUUUGCCCACUGACAAAAAAAUGAUCAGUCUAUAAUUUUAAUGGUAGGUUUAUUUGGUAGGUUUAUCAUUAAAAUGCAAAUCAAUGUAUAAAAUUUUUGACAUGCGUUUUUCUGGAUUUUUUUGUUGUUAUUCUGUCUCUCACUGUUCAAAUCAACCUACCAUUAAAAUUAUAGACUGAUCAUUUCUUUGUCAGUGGGCAAAUGUGCAAAAUCAGCAGGGGAUCAAAUACUUUUUUCCCUCACUGUAUAUAGCUACCAUAUACAGUGCCUUUGGAAAAUAUUCAGACCCCUUGAUAUUUUCCACAUUUUCUUACAUUAAGCCUUAUUCUGAAAUUGAUUAAAUAAAACAAUUUCCUCAGCAAUCUACACAUAAUACCCCAUAAUGACAAAACGAAAACAGGGUUUUGGUAAUUUUAGGAAAUUUAUAAAACAGAAACACUUAUUUACAUAAGUAUUCAGACCCUUUGCUAUGAGACUCGAAAUUGAGCUCAGGUGCUUCCUGUUUGCAUUGAUCAUCCUUGAGGUUGUUUCUACAACUUGAUUGGAGUCCACCUGUGGUAAAUUCAAUUGAUUGGACAUGAUUUGGAAAGGCACACACCUGUUGACAAUGCAUGUCAGAGCAAAAACCAAGCCAUGAGGUCGAAGGAAUUGUCCGUAGAGCUCCGAGACCGGAUUGCUUAGAGGCAAAAAAGUUCUGCAGCAUUGAAGGUCCCCAAGAACACAGUGGCCUCCAUCAUUCUUAAAUGGAAGAAGUUUGGAACCACCAAGACUCUUCCUAGAGCUGGCCGCCCGGCCAAAUUGAGCAAUCAAGGGAGAAGGGCCUUGGUCAGGGAGGUCACCAAGAACCCGAUGGUCACUCUGACAGAGCUCCAGAGUUCCUCUGUGGAGAUGGGAGAACCUUCCAGAUGGACAACCAUCUCUGCAGCACUCCACCAAUCAGGCCUUUAUGGUAGAGUGGCCAGACAGAAGCCACUCCUCAGUAAAAGGCACAUGACAGCCCGCUUGAAGUUUGCCAAAAGGCACCUAAAGGACACUCAGACCAUGAGAAACAAGAUUCUCUGGUCUGAUGAAACCAAGAUUGAACUCUUUGGCCUGAAUGCCAAGUGUCACGUCUGAAGGAAACCUGGCACCAUCCCUACAGUGAAGCAUGGUGGUGGCAGCAUCAUGAUGUGGGGAUGUUUUGCAGGGACUGGGAGACUAGUCAGGAUCGAGGGAAAGAUGAAUGGAGCAAAGUACAGAGAGAUUCUUGAUGAAAACCUGCUCCAGAGCUCUCAGGACCUCAGGUUUACCUUCCAACAGGACAACGACCCUAAGCACACAGCCAAGACAAUGCAGGAAUGGCUUCGGGACAAGUCUCUGAAUGUCCUUGAGUGGCCAAUCCAGAGCCCGGACUUGAACCUGAUCGAACAUCUCUGGAGAGACCUGAAAAUAGCUGCAAACGACGCUCCCCAUCCAACCUGAUAGAGCUUGAGAGGAUCUGCAGAGAAGAAUGGGAGAAACUCCCCAAAUACAGGUGUGCCAAGCUUGUAGCAUCAUACCCAAGAAGACGCAAGGCUGUAAUUGCUGCCAAAGGUGCUUCAACAAAGUACUGAGUAAAGUUUCUGAAUACUUAUGUAAAUGUGAUAUUUCAGUUUUUUAUUAUUUUCAUAAAUGUGCAAACAUUUCUAAAAACCUGUUUUUGGUUUGUCAUUAUGGGGUAUUGUGUGUAGAUUGAUGAGGGAAAAAACUAUUUUAUCAAUUUUAGAAUAAGGCUGUAACGUAACAAAAUGUGGAAAAAGUCAAGGGGUCUGAAUACUUUCCGAAUGCACUAUAUACACUGUGUAUCCCAUUUGUAUCCCGUGUGUAUAAAAUAUAUAUACAGUGAAGGAAAAAAGUAUUUGAUCCCCUGCUGAUUUUGUACGUUUGCCCACUGACAAAGAAAUUAUCAGUCUAUAAUUUUAAUGGUAGGUUGAUUUGAACAGUGAGAGACAGAAUAACAACAAAACAAUCCAGAAAAACGCAUGUCAAAAAUGUUAUAAAUUGAUUUGCAUUUUAAUGAGGGAAAUAAGUAUUUGACCCCCUCUCAAUCAGAAAGAUUUCUGGCUCCCAGGUGUCUUUUAUACAAGUAACGAGCUGAGAUUAGGAGCACACUCUUAAAGGGAGUGCUUCUAAUCUUAGCUUGUUACCUGUAUAAAAGACACCUGUCCACAGAAGCAAUCAAUCAAUCAGAUUCCAAACUCUCUACCAUGGCUAGAUCAAAUAGCUCUCCAAGGAUGUCAGGGACAAGAUUGUAGACCUACACAAGGCUGGAAUGGGCUACAAGACCAUCGACAAGCAGCUUGGUGAGAAGGUGACAACAGUUGAUGUGAUUAUUCGCAAAUGGAAGAAACACAAAAUAACUGUCAAUCUCUUCAAUCUCUUGUCUGUGUUCAGAGACUCCCCUAGAGAAUUCCGUUUUGGUGACCGAGGCGUAUUGGAGCCUGGCGGUUCACACAGCCAAGAUCACCGGGCGACUGGUCACGUCUCUUAUGACGGUACAGCACAGGUCAGUCCCAAUGCAUAAACAUUACUGUAUAUACUGUAGAUACUGUAGAUGGGAAUAGGGUUUUGCUGCUACAAAUUCCAAUCAGCCGCUAUUGAAUGGCAAUGUAUUAUUUUAUUUAUGCAAGACCACUAGUAUCUCCUCAGUGACAGGUAGCACUGUAGCCAUGGUCCAUCUACCAUUACAUUCAGGCUGUCUCAAUCCAGUCAUCUUCUUCAAUUGCAUCUUUAAUUGCUGCCGUACAAGUUAAGAAUUAUCAUGUCAUACAGCUUACAUACUACUAAUUUCCUUUCAAUUUCUUCAUCCAGUAAUCAAAUGGACAGAUCAGUGGUGGAGAAAGUGCAAAAUGGAGGGAAAUCCUUACUGACUGUAAAGAAAGAAAUGAAAAAAGUGGAGAAACCAACAAGAACAUUAUUGUUCAUAGAGCCCUGAGUUUUUCCUGACCACGUGACCUGACCAGGAAAACCUCAGCCCCCUGUGUCAACUAACACACAGUUACAAGUCCUAUUCAUUAACUUAUCAUGAGUAUAAGUCUGCAUGAUCAGUCUCCAUCCACUGCAACCCCCUCUGGUGUUUGUUGUCUUUUCUUCCAGAGGUGUCUCUAAAGAAGAGGAAGCCUUGCUCCAUGCUGCCCCUCAGUAUGUCCAUGGACCACCGGCCCAGGGAAGACCUCCAGCAGGACUGUCUCAACCUGGCCACAGUCAGGAACUCUGAGGGUGAGACUUUCAGUCCAUCCUUAUCUGGAUUAUACCACAAGAUUAGACAUGUAGCCCAGUAGCUACACCUUUGAGGACCUACAGUACCUUGCGAAAGUAUUCACCCCCCCUUGGCAUUUUUCCUAUUUUGUUGCCUUACAACCUGGAAUUAAAAUUGAUUUUUGGGGGGUUUGUAUCAUUUGAUUUACACAACAUGCCUACCACUUUGAAGAUGCAAAAUAAUUUUUAUUUAGAAACAAACAAGAAAUAAGACAAAAAAAACAGAAAACUUGAGCGUGCAUAACUAUUCACCCCCCCAAAGUCAAUACUUUGUAGAGCCACCUUUUGCAGCAAUUACAGCUGCAAGUCUCUUGGGGUAUGUCUCUAUAAACUCGGAACAUCCAGCCACUGGGAUUUUUGCCCAUUCUUCAAGGCAAAACUGCUCCAGCUCCUUCAAGUUGGAUGGGUUCCGCUGGUGUACAGCAAUCUUUGUCAUACCACAGAUUCUCAAUUGGAUUGAGGUCUGGGCUUUGACUAGGCCAUUCCAAGACAUGUAAAUGUUUCCCCUUAAACCACUCAAGUGUUGCUUUAGCAGUAUGCUUAGGGUCAUUGUCCUGCUGGAAGGUGAACCUCCGUCCAAGUCUCAAAUCUCUGGAAGACUGAAACAGGUUUCCCUCAAGAAUUUCCCUGUAUUUAGCGCCAUCCAUCAUUCCUUCAAUUCUGACCAGUUUCCCAGUCCCUGCCAAUGAAAAACAUCCCCACAGCAUGAUGCUACCACCCCCAUGCUUCACUGUGGGGAUGGUGUUCUCGGGUGAUGAGAGGUGUUGGGUUUGCACCAGACAUUGCGUUUUCUUUGAUGGCCAAAAAGCUCAAUUUUAGUCUCAUCUGACCAGAGUACCUUCUUCCAUAUGAUUGGGGAGUCUCCCACAUGCCUUUUGGCGAACACCAAACGUGUUUGCUUAUUUUUUUCUUUAGGCAAUGGCUUUUUUCUGGCCACUCUUCCAUAAAGCCCAGCUCUGUGGAGUGUGCAGCUUAAAGUUGUCCUAUGGACAGAUACUCCACUCUCCGCUGUGGAGCUUUGCAGCUCCUUCAGGGUUAUCUUUGGUCUCUUUGUUGCCUCUCUGAUUAAUACCCUCCUUACCUGGUCCGUGAGUUUUGGUGGGCGGCCCUCUCUUGGCAGGUUUGUUGUGGUGCCAUAUUCUUUCCAUUUUUUAAUAAUGGAUUUAAUGGUGGUCCGUGGGAUGUUCAAAGUUUCAGAUAUUUUUUUAUAACCCAACCCUGAUCUGUACUUCUCCACAACUUUGUCCCUGGAGAGCUCCUUGGUCUUCAUGUGCCGCUUGCUUGGUGGUGCCCCUUGCUUAGUGGUGUUGCAGAAUCUGGGGCCUUUCAGAACAGGUGUAUAUAUACUGAGAUCAUGUUACAGAUCAUGUGACACUUAGAUUGCACACAGGUGGAGUUUAUUUAACUAAUUAUGUGACUUUUGAAGGUAAUUGGUUGCACCAGAUCUUAUUUAGGGGCUUCAUAGCAAAGGGGGUGAAUACAUAUGCACGCACCACUUUCCGUUAUUUAUUUAUUUGAAUUUUUUGAAACAAGUUAUUUUUUUCAUUUCACUUCACCAAUUUGGACUAUUUUGUGUAUGUCCAUUACAUGAAAUCCAAAUAAAAAUCCAUUUAAAUUACAGGUUGUAAUGCGACAAAAUAGGAAAAACGCCAAGGGGGAUGAAUAAUUUUUUAAGGCACUGUAUACAAUCAACUAAGUACUCAACUAUUGUUUACUGGCAAAAUGUUCAAGUGUAGGCGGCAGCAUAAAAUAAAAGCACAAGGAGUUGUCUUUAGUUAAGAUUAAUGAUACAGAUAAAUAAGGUCCAAACAGAUAAGGCAGGUCAUAAUUGUAUGUCCUCAUAGAGCAGUGUUUGACCUCUGACCCUGUCUUUGUCCCCUCUGUCUGUCCUCAGCCCCUCCAGCCCACUGUGUCCCAGGCCUGGGAGAUCACAUCCAACUGGGGCUGUUCGCAGAUAGAGUUGCCCUCUAAAGGGUGUUCCAGGAGGAGGGUGAGGACGCUAUGUUAUGUUGUAUUAUGUAAUUGUUAUCAGACAUUCAUAAUGAUUAUACACUUGUUAAAACACUUUCAUAAUACUUACACUUAUAACGCUUUCUCUGAUUAUAUAUGAGUCUGUGGUGUACCUGAGACUGUGGAAAGGUGACAUCGCUGGAGCUCUGCAGGUGGCCACUGAGAAAGGAGAGCCGAGUGAUCACCUGCUCUCUGUUGCACCUAUGGGUAAAGAGCACUAAUUUAAAGUCUAAAUGUUUUUCUAUUUAUUCCAGUUUAGAAUGCAUAUUUACAAUAUUAAGCUGUUCCGAUUCAGCAACCAACUAGGCAAUUAGUAUAAUUCGUUGUUCUCUUGCUCCUUGCAAAGUUAUGUGUUUCUCUGUGGUACAGUGCUGUUUGUAUGCAUACAGGUGUGUAAUUGUAUUUGUGAAACCCUCAGCUUGUUACCAGGUGUGGCUGAGUACAGUGGAGGCCUAUGUGAAGCAGCUGUGUCUUCAGAAGCAGUUCCUCAAGGCUGCCUCGCAUCUCCUGUCCAUCAACAAGGUCUACGAGGCCAUAGACCUCCUCAAGUCCCACCAGCUCUACAGGUCAUUUAGCUCUACAGGUUAUUUUACACAUAAAUUAUUCUAUAAAGAAUAUUAAAGUUAGUGUUGUAAGAAGAUCCAAUAGAGUAAUUCCCCUCUACUUAGUGGUAGGAUUUUAGAUUGUUAUCUGUGACUGGCCUAUCAAUGGGAGUGAUCAUUGUAAUCUCUGAGCUGUGAGUCAUGUUUGUGUGCUGUCUCAGGGAGGCCAUAGCCCUGGCCAUGGCUAGGCUGCAGCCAGAUGACCCUGUGCUCAAGGGGCUCUACACCACCUGGGCAGCCGUGCAAAUAACAGAUUAGCAUUUACCCAUCUUCAUUAAUAAAACUGCAUCUCGGUGUAAAAGUGCACUGUGUAACGUAUGGUAGAUUAAAAGAUGGUUCCUCUGAAUAGCUGACUUGAUGCUAAUAGAACGUGUUGUGUAUUUAUCAAAUCAAAUGUUUCACCCAGUUAUCUCGCCGUGGACUCCAGCUUCGACACUGCCAAAGUCAUCGCCAUGAAAAACGACCCAGUAUCGCUGAAGACGGCCGCCAGUCUGGCGAGGAUCUCUGGUGAAAGUGACCUGUCCCAUUCACUCUACCUAAGAUGUGCCAAAGACCUCUACCUUAGAUGUGGCAUCCUCUCAGGAUUGGCUGGGAGCAACUCCUCAUCGCACAGGAGAGCCUAUUGGUUAGUUGCCCUGAACUGGCCAAUGCUCAUAAAUAUAGAUACUAGAUAUAGUCCCAUUGAUUAGCUGUAGAUUAUAGUCAGAUGAGAUAUGUGGGUUGAUUUUCAUGCUUGAUCUCUACUGUCCCCCUCUGAUAUAGGCCCACCGGUUACACUUCUGCACUAUCAAGCUGCUCACUGUGAGUCUAACAGGGACAGACGUAGUGACUUGGACCUGUUCCUCCAGCCAUCCCUGGUCUGCCUCCUGUAAGAGCCAAAAUGGCUUCCUAGCUACCCUGAGGGCUGUGUGGGAGAGGGAGUUUGGUGUCUCUCUCAGCAACCCAGAGUAACUGAAAGCUUUUCACCAACAACUGAAAACCAUAGAGAAUCCACAGACGUUCCUAUGAACGUGCCUCAUCUGAUUCGAAUCAAAUAUUAUUUGCCACAUGCACCGAAUACAACAGGUGUAGACCUUACAGUGAAAUGCUUACUUACAAGCCCUUAACCAACAAUGCAGUUUUAAGAAAAAAUAAGUGUUAAGUAAAAAAUAGAUGAGUAAAAACAAAAAAUAACAAAUAAUUAAAGAGCAGCAGUAAUAUAAAAUAACAGUAGGGAGGCUAUAUACAGGGGGUACCGGUACAGAGUCAAUGUGCGGGGGCACAGGUUAGUCGAGGUAAUUUAGGUAAUACAGUGGGUUAAAAAGGUGUUUAGUCAGCCACCAAUUGUGCAAGUUCUCCCACUUAAAAAGAUGAGAGGCCUGUAAUUUUCAUCAUAGGUACACGUCAACUAUGACAGACAAAAUGAGGGGGAAAAAAUCCAGAAAAUCACAUUGUAGGAUUUUUUAUGAAUUUAUUUGCAAAUUAUGGUGGAAAAUAAGUAUUUGGUCAAUAACAAAAGUUUCUCAAUACUUUGUUAUAUACCCUUUGUUGGCAAUGACACAGGUCAAACGUUUUCUGUAAGUCUUCACAAGGUUUUCACACACUGUUGCUGGUAUUUUGGCCCAUUCCUCCAUGCGGAUCUCCUCUAGAGCAGUGACGUUUUGGGGCUGUCGCUGGGCAACACGGACUUUCAACUCCCUCCAAAGAUUUUCUAUAGGGUUGAGAUCUGGAGACUGGCUAGGCCACUCCAGGACCUUGAAAUGCUUCUUACGAAGCCACUCCUUGAUUGCCCGGGCGGUGUGUUUGGGAUCAUUGUCAUGCUGAAAGACCCAGCCACGUUUCAUCUUCAAUGCCCUUGCUGAUGGAAAGAUGUUUUCACUCAAAAUCUCACGAUACAUGGCCCCAUUCAUUCUUUCCUUUACACGGAUCAGUCGUCCUGGUCCCUUUGCAGAAAAACAGCCCCAAAGCAUGAUGUUUCCACCCCCAUGCUUCACAGUAGGUAUGGUGUUCUUUGGAUGCAACUCAGCAUUCUUUGUCCUCCAAACACGACGAGUUGAGUUUUUACCAAAAAGUUAUAUUUUGGUCUCAUCUGAACAUAUGACAUUCUCCCAAUCCUCUUCUGGAUCAUCCAAAUGCACUCUAGCAAACUUCAGACGGGCCUGGAUAUGUACUGGCUUAAGCAGGGGGACACGUCUUGCACUGCAGGAUUUGAGUCCCUGGCGGCAUAGUGUGUUACUGAUUGUAGGCUUUGUUACUUUGGUCCCAACUCUCUGCAGGUCAUUAACUAGGUCCCCCCGUGUGGUUCUGGGAUUUUUGCUCACCGUUCUUGUGAUCAUUUUGACCCCACGAGGUGAGAUCUUGCGUGGAGCCCCAGAUCGAGGGAGAUUAUCAGUGGUCUUGAAUGUCUUCCAUUUCCUAAUAAUUGCUCCCACAGUUGAUUUCUUCAAACCAAGCUGCUUACCUAUUGCAGAUUCAGUCUUCCCAGCCUGGUGCAGGUCUACAAUUUUGUUUCUUGUGUCGUUUGACAGCUCUUUGGUCUUGGCCAUAGUAGAGUUUGGAGUGUGACUGUUUGAGGUUGUGGACAGGUGUCUUUUAUACUGAUAACAAGUUCAAACAGGUGCCAUUAAUACAGGUAACGAGUGGAGGACAGAGGAGCCUCUUAAAAAAGAAGUUACAGGUCUGUGAGAGCCAGAAAUCUUGCUUGUUUGUAGGUGACCAAAUACUUAUUUUCCACCAUAAUUUGCAAAUUAAUUAAUAAAAAAUCCUACAAUGUGAUUUUCUGGAUUUUUUUCCUCAAUUUGUCUGUCAUAGUUGACGUGUACCUAUGAUGAAAAUUACAGGCUUCUCUCAUCUUUUUAAGUAGGAGAACUUGCACAAUUGGUGGCUGACUAAAUACUUUUUUCCCCCACUGUAUGUACAUGUGGGUAGAGUUAAAGUGACUAUGCAUAGAAAAUAAACAGAGAGUAGCAGCAGCGUAAAAGAGCGGGUGGGGUGGGGAGGGGGGGACAAUGCAAAUAGUCCGGGUAGCCAUGUUUAGCUGUUCAGGAGUCUUAUGGCUUGGGGGUAAAAGCUGUUGAGAAGCCUUUUGGACCUAGACUUGGUGCUCCGGUACCGCUUGCCAUGUGGUAGCAGAGAGAACAGUCUAUGACUAGGGUGGCCGGAGUCUUUGACUAUUUCUACGGCCUUCCUCUGACACGGCCUGGUAUAGAGGUCCUGGAUGGCUGGAAGCUUGGCCCCAGUGAUGUACUUGGCCGUACACACUGCCAUCUGUAGUGCCUUGCGGUCGGAGGCCAAGCAGUUGCCAUACCAGGCAGUGAUGCAACCAGUCAGGAUGCUCUCGAUGGUGCAGCUGUUUAACUUUUUGAGGAUCUGAGGACCCAUGCCAAAUCUUUUCAGUCUCCUGAGGGGGAAUAGGCUUUGUCGUGCCCUCUUCACGACUGUCUUGGUGUGUUUGGACCAUGAUAGUUCGUUGGUGAUGUGGACACCAAGGAAGCUCUCAACCUGCUCCACUACACUCGAUGAGAAUGGGGGCGUGCUCGGUCCUCCUUUUCCUGUAGUCCACAAUCAUCUCCUUUGUCUUGAUCACGUUGAGGGAGAGCUUAUUAUCCUGGCACCACAUGGCCAGGUCUCUGACCUCCUCCCUAUAGGCUGUCUCAUCGUUGUCGGUGAUCAGGCCUACCACUGUUGUGUCGUCGGCAAACUUAAUGAUGGUGUUGGAGUCGUGCCUGGCCAUGCAGUCAUGGGUGAACAGGGAGUACAGGACGGGACUGAGCACGCACCCCUGAGGGGUCCCCGUGUUGAGGAUCAGUGUGGCAGAUGUGUUGUUACCUACCCUUACCACCUGGGGGCGGCCUGUCAGGAAGUCCAGGAUCCAGUUGCAGAGGGAGGUGUUUAGUCCCAGGAUCCUUAGCUUAGUGAUGAGCUUUGAGGGCACUAUGGUGUUGAAUGCUGAGCUGUAGUCAAUGAAUAGCAUUCUCACGUAGGUGUUCCUCUUGUCCAGGUGGGAAAGGGCAGUGUGGAGUGCAAUAGAGAUUGCAUCAUCUGUUGGGCGGUAUGCAAAUUGGAGUGGGUCUAGGGUUUCUGGGAUAAUGGUGUUGAUGUGAGCCAUGACCAGCCUUUCAAAGCACUUCAUGGCUACAGACGUCAGUGCUACGGGUCAGUAGUCAUUUAGGCAGGUUAUCUUAGAGUCCUUGGGCACGGGACUAUGGUGCUCUGUUUGAAACAUGUUGGUAUUACAGACUCAGUCAGGGACAUGUUGAAAAUGUCAGUGAAGACACUUGCCAGUUGGUCAGCACAUGCUCGGAGUACACGUCCUGGUAAUUUGUCUGGCCCUGUGGCCUUGUGAAUGUUGACCUGCUUAAAAGUCUUACUCACAUCGGCUACGGAGAGCGUGAUCACAUAGUCAUCCGGAACAGCUAGUGCUCUCAUGCAUGCUUCAGUGUUGCUUGCCUCGAAGCGAGCAUAGAAGUGGUUUAGCUUGUCUGGAAGUCUUGUGUCACUGGGCAGCUCGCGGCUGUGCUUCCCUUUGUAGUCUGUGUGGUCCUCUGUAGCUCAGCUGGUAGAGCACGGCGCUUGUAACGCCAAGGUAGUGGGUUCGAUCCCCGGGACCACCCAUACACAAAAAAAAUGUAUGCACGCAUGACUGUAAGUUGCUUUGGAUAAAAGCGUCUGCUAAAUGGCAUAUUAUUAUUAUUAUUAUUAUUAUUAUUAAUAGUUUUCAAGCCCUGCCACAUCCGACGAGCGUCAGAGCCGGUGUAGUACGAUUCAAUCUUAGUCCUGUAUUGACUCUUUGCCUGUUUGAUGGCUCGUCGGAGGGCGUAGCGGGAUUUCUUAUAAGCGUCCGGGUUAGAGUCCCACUCCUUGAAAGCGGCAGCUCUACCCUUUUAGCUCAGUGCGGAUGUUGCCUGUAAUCCAUGGCUUCUGGUUGGGGUAUGUACGUACGGUCACUGUGGGGACGACAUCAUCGAUGCACUUAUUGAUGAAGCCAGUGACUGAUGUGGUGUACUCCUCAAUGCUAUCUGAAGAAUCCCGGAACAUGUUCCAGUCUGUGCUAGCAAAACAGUCCUGUAGCUUAGCAUCUGCGUCAUCUGACCACUUUUUUAUUAACCGAGUCACUGGUGCUUCCUGCUUUAGUUUUUGCUUAUAAGCAGGAAUCAGGAGGAUAGAGUUAUGGUCAGAUUUGCCAAAUGGAGGGCGAGGGAGAGCUUUGUAUGCAUCUCUGUGUGUGGAGUAAAGGUGGUCUAGAGUUUGUUUUCCUCUGGUUGCACAUUUCACAUGCUGGUAGAAAUGAGGUAGAACUGAUUUAAGUUUCCCUGCAUUAAAGUCCCCGGCCACUAGGAGCGCUGCCUCUGGAUGAGCGUUUUCCUGUUGACUUAUGGCCUUAUACAGCUCAUUCAGCGCAAUCUUAAUGCCAGCAUUGGUUUGUGGUGGUAAAUAGACAGCUAUGAAAAAUAUAGAUGAAAACUCUCUUGGUAAAUAGUGUGGUCUACAGCUUAUCAUAAGAUACUCUACCUCAGGCGAGCAAAACCUAGAGACUUCCUUAUUAUUUGAUUAUUUGCACCAGCUGUUGUUUACAAAUAUACACAGACCGCCACCCCUUGUCUUACCGGAGUCAGCCGUUCUAUCCUGCCGAUGUAGUGUAUAGCCCGCUAGUUGUAUGUUGUACAUGUCGUCGUUCAGCCACGACUCGGUGAAACAUAAGAUAUUACAGUUUUUAAUGUCCCGUUGGUAGGAUAACCGUAAUCUUAAAUCAUCCAAUUUAUUCUCAAAUGAUUGAAGAUUGGCUAAUAGGAUUGAUGGGAGCGGCAGUUUACUCGCUCGCCGUCGGAUCCUUACAAGGCACCCCGACCUACGUCCACGAUAUCUCCGUCUCUUCCUCAUGCGAAUUACGGGGAUUUGGGCCUUGUCGGGUGUCUGUAGGAUAUCCUUCGCGGCCGCCCCGUUGAAGAAAAAAUAUUCGUCCAAUACAAGGUGAGUAAUCGCUGUCCUGAUAUCCAGAAGCUCUUUUUGUUGAUAAGAGACGAUGGCAGAAACAUUAUGUACAAAAUAAAUUACAAAUAACGCGGAAAAACACACAUAAUAGUACAAUUGGUUAGAGGGCUGUAAAACGGCAGCCUUCUUCUCCGGCACCAUUAUUAUAUAAUUAUUAUUAUGUAAUCUAUUAUUAGGUCAUCUAUAAAUCACUGCUAGGCAAAUCCCUGUCUUAUCUUUGCUCACUGGUCACCAUAGCAACACCCACCCGUAGUCUGCGCUCCAGCAGGUAUAUCUCACUGGUCAUCCCCAAAGCCAAUGUAGUAUCUGAGGAAUUAUGACUUUGCUAACGUUUUCAAAUGGAACCUGAGAGGAGGUUUAUUCAGCUUAGAGGGAGCAUCUGGGGAGUAGUUUUAGGGGGACACCCCAUAGAACAGAGGAAGUCUGUUGUGUGGAGACAGGUGAUUGGUCUGUAGGGGAACACCCAUAUCAGAUUACAUAGGAUAUAUACCACAGUUAAGACAAAGGAAGACAGAAUAAUCAGAUUUGAGAUGGGGCGAUUAUUCUCCAGAUAUCUGCAGGUAUCUGUAAAUCGACGCUGUAACCCUUUGUUAUGAAUAAACCUUUAUGAUGAAAAUACAGCAUCAGCGGUUCUCCUUGGUCUCACAGCAUAAUUAGCAACGUUUUCUCGACACAACACCAACACCUCCUUUGGCCGCCAUUCCUUCCAGUUCUCUGCUGUCAAUGACUGGAACGAACUGCAAAAAUCUCUGAAGCUGGACCUUAUCUCCCUCAAUAACUUUAAGCGUCAGUUGUCAGAGCAGCUUACCGAUCACUGCACCUGUACACAGCCAUUCUGAAAUUAGCCCACCCAACUACCUCAUCCCCAUAUUGUUAUUUAUUUUGCUAAUUUGCACCCCAGUAUCUCUAUUUGCACAUCAUCUUUUGAACAUCUAUCAUUCCAGUAUUAAUUACGAAAUUGUAACUAUUUUUGCACUAUGGCCUAUUUAUUUAUUGCCUUACCUCCAUAACUUACUACAUUCGCACACACUGUAUAUAUUUUUUAUUUUGUAUUUUUGACUUUGUUUUGUUUACCCCAUAUGUAACUCUGUGUUGUUUUUAUCGCACUGCUUUGCUUUAUCUUGGCCAGGUCGCAGUUGUAAAUGAGAACUUGUUCUCAACUGGCUUACCUGGUUAAAUAAAGGUGAAAUAAAAAAUAAAAUAAUUUGAGGGUAUUUUCAUCCAUAUCGGGUGAACUGUUUAGAAAUUACAGCACUUUUUGUACAUAGUCCCCCUAUUUUAGGGGACUAAAAGUAUUGGGACAAAUUCACUUAUGUGUAUUAAAGUAGUAAAAAGUGUAGUAUUUGGUCCCAUAUUCCUAGCACGCAAUGAUUAUUACAUCAUACCCCCAAGACAUGCUAACCUCUCACUAAUAACAAUAACAGGGGAGGUUAGCAUUUUUGGGGGGGAUAUGAUAUUUGUGCAUCUUUAACUUUCUCACUCAUCAUUAUUGAAGUAUAAUUUCAAAUCCAGAGUACAGAGCCAAAACAACAACAAAAAUGUGCCACUGUCCCAAUACUUUUGUAGCUCACUGUAGUUGGUGAAAGUGAAAGCUAUCGAUGUCUUGAGUUCAUGUGCGAUCUUGUUUUUCAGAGCUGACACUGAAUCCCUACCCUCCUUGAUCGCCAUCGUUUCUGAGCAACACAAAGAGCUGGCUAAAAUUCCAGACUGUCAAAGUAAGAGUCUCUUACUUAAAACUAAGGUUGCAAAAUUCCGGGAACUUUCAAUAAAUUCCCUGGUUUUCCCGAAAUCCCAGUUGGAGGAUUAUCGGCAUUAAGAGGGAAUAAACAGGAAAUCCGGAAUACACCAACCAGGAUUUUCGGAAAACCAGGGAAUUUACUGAACAUUCCCGGAAUUUUGCAACCCUACUUAAAGCUGGAAUACAGUAUGUAACGAUUGGGCGACCAGACCAAAUUCACAUAGAAAUAUGAGUUAUAGAUCUGUCACUCAUUGAAAGCAAGUCUAAUAAGCUGUAGAUCUGUUCUAUGUGCGUUAUAUCUAUGCCUCCCGUUCUUAAGUUUAGUUUUUGCGUCUUUUACACCAGCUGAAAAUACAAUAUUUUUGGUUAUGCAAAAUAUAUUUCACAGCGGUUUAGAUGAGUACAAUGAUUCACUGCACUACACUGGCUUGUUCUGUCGCAAACUGAAAUUAGGCAAACUAUUAGAAUUUUUGCAACCAGGAAAUGGCUGAGCGAUUUCUGCAUAGUGAAUCCUGCCACCAUUGUUUUUUUGUUAAUAUUCUUGCUUUCCCAGUUCAGAAAUAUCCAUACCGAAAUGUUCUGGAGUGCUGCUUAGUUCUUCUGUAUUUAAGUUCUGCUAUCGUUCCUGAUUACCUACAGCAAGAAGAAGUGGCCUUCUUCCGUAGGUAUGGAACUACAGCCUCUCUCCGCAAAGCCUCCCAGUAA